AGGUUGUGGCAGUUGACAGCUGUAAUUGUCCCGCCCACCUCACUUUACCGUCCAAUAGGAGACUACGUUGUUUUGUUGUCGGACGUGUGCUGACCGCGGAACUAAACAAUCGAGAGGGACGCUAGCUGGUAGAAACCGACACAAUACGAUGGAGGUGGAGCAGCUCCUGUCUUUGUCAGGCUCAGCACUGGCCCAGGCUGUCAGCUCCCUGUUGGAGACCCCAGGCCUCUAUGUUUUCUCUGACAUCCUGGAGCUGCCUAAUGUCAGAGAGCUGGAGAAUGGCCCUCAUGCACCAGUGUACCAGCUCCUGAACCUCUUUGCCUAUGGUACCUACUGUGACUACAAAGAGAGAGCAGCCUCUCUUCCAGAGUUGACCCCAGCACAGAGAAACAAACUCCGUCAUCUGUCCAUCAUCAGCUUGGCCUCCAACCUCAAGUGCCUGCCGUACUCGCUGCUCCUGCAACAGCUUGAGCUGAAGAAUGUGCGGGAACUAGAGGACCUGCUGAUUGAGGCUGUUUACUGUGACAUCAUCCAGGGCAAACUGGAUCAGAGGAACCAGCAGGUGGAGGUAGACUGCAGCGUAGGUCGGGACCUCGGCCCCAACGAGCUUCCAAACAUAGUCAACACGCUGCAGGAGUGGUGUACAGGGUGUGAGGCGGUACUGUGUGGUAUUGAGGAGCAGGUCUCAAGGGCAAACCAAUACAGAGAGAGCCAAUUGAAGGUCAAAGUUCAAGUGGAAACAGAGGUCUCAAACUUACAGAAAACGUUGAAGGCCAGCGCUGCCUCUCCGUCAUCAGGCCCUGCCCCUGCUGGAGCUGCCUCCAAUCAGGAUGCAGACCAGCCAGCCGAGCCACGAGACCCUGCCUCCUCUCAGGAACCACGGCAACCAGGCAAAAAAAGUUCAAAGGUGAAAGGGCUGCGUGGCAGUGGGAAGAUCUGGUCCAAGUCCAACUGAAGACAAGAAACUGAGAUGUGGCAACAGCAGCACUGAUGGACACUCUCACUAAUUAACGGACACAUGAACAUAUUGAUGGACAAAUGGAUACAAUAAGCAACUGCUGCAACCACUGUUCAUGGAUACCAUCUUCACAAACACUUGCUACAGUUCAACCAGGAAGCUUCUCAAGAACUUUACUUGUCACCAGAUCUCACCUUGACAGAUUCUCACACACACUGGCUUGUGGAUGGAGCAGGUGUGACAUCCACUCUUGCAGCUGUUAAUAACCUAAUCGGCAGACUGUCACUGUAAAUACUCACACACACACAGCAAUUGCAACACAUGCAGACAGAAAGUCUGCAGUAGAAGUCAGUUGCCUUUGACCAGAAACAGGAUCAGUGCGUUGGACACCUAUGUGUGUGUGUGUCGGUACCUCUGUUGAUUUUCUGUUUUGAUUAAUUCUAUUUUGCUUUGUAUUUUUUCUCUGAGCUGAGACAUGUAUAAAAUCUGAAUAUAAAUUGUUGGAAAAUAAAACUAAGCCCUGUA